AUGCUAUCGUUCGCCUUCGCCUUAGCUGGCAUCUUGGGGCCGAUCGGUUCGUAUGCUACUGCAGGUCCCUUAGCCUGCUCCAACAUCACGUCUCAGCUGGGCUCGUCCAAAGUCAACACUCAAAAGCUCAGCUUGAAGUACCACACAAGCACUGAAUAUUGGAGCACCACUCAAGAUGCUUACAAGCCGUCUUGUAUUGUUUACCCAACCUCCGCAGAGGAUGUCUCUGUGACUUUGAAGGCCAUUCGAGUAGCCGACAGCCGAUUUGCGGUCAAAGGAGGAGGACACAACCCCAACACCUUCUUCUCUAGUGUUGAUGAAGGCGUUCUGAUCGACUUGAGCAGCUUGUCUGAAAAGUCAUAUGACCCAGAAACUACGCUGGCGACCUACCAGCCGGGUGGUGUGUUUGGCGAUAUAUACGACUACUUCAUUAAAUAUAAUCGCACGGUCGUUGGCGCCCGACUUUCUGGAGUAGGCACUGGGCUUGCGCUGGGCGGUGGCAUGAGCUAUCUUUCUCCUCAGUACGGCAUGGCUUGUGAUUCCUUCCGGGAGCUGGAGAUUGUUCUCCCCGAUGGUGAAAUUGUGACUGCCUCAAACACCACCAACCCUGAUCUGUUCUUCGCGUCUCGUGGUGGUGGAGGAAACGCCUAUGGUGUUGUGACCAAAUACACCGUUCAGAGCCGCCCUGUUGGUGAAUUCUUCGCUGGCAUCAUCAUCUACGCAUUCCCCCAGAAAGACACCAUCAUCGAAGCGAUUGGAAACUUUGUUCGAUACAACACCGAUCCCAAAGCCGCCAUUAUCGGUACCUAUGAGAAGCUGCCCACCCCAGAUUUGAACUUGAACAUAGAUGAAGCCAUCAUCAUGUUCUUGGUAUAUGAUGGACCCGACCCAGGUGAUGCAUUUGUAAAUUUCACCAGCGUCCCUCAUCUCAUCAGCACAACUGGCAUCAAGACCUACCCCGAGGUAGCGGACAUGCCAGUAUCAUUCGCCACCGAGGCAUCGCGAGGAAACAACAUUUUCCGAGUCGGCGUUCACCGUGCUGAUAACGACGAGUAUAAGAACGCUCUCGAUGUGUGGCGCAACUGGGCCGAGUCAAACAAGGGCAAAUACACCCUACUUUCCCUCGAUUUCCAACCUGUACCGAAGAGCCUGACGGAUGCCAGUAAGGCACAGGGCGGAAAUGCCAUGCAAAUGCCCGAUGGACCAUGGUUUUGGUUGAACUAUUUGCUUACCACGCCCCCUGGAAUGAGUGAGCCCGACUACGACGCCAUUCAAUCUAGCUUCCGUGAUAUGGUUGCGUCGACCACCAAUGCUGAAGGCCUUCCACUUUUCAUCAACGAUGCCAACCGUGAUCAACACCCCUUGUCGACCUUCUCUACAUAUGAGAAACUGCAGGGCAUCAAGAAGAAAUAUGACCCAGAUAACUUCUUUGCUGACAAGACUGGAGGUUGGUCUUUUGACUAG